AUGAUCCCCUCAAAUGCAUCUUUUGCUACUGCUCUGAAAGAUCGCACUCAACCUUUCCAAGCUCUACCUGAACUUUCAGAUCCUUCUCUUGAUCAAGAAACGGCAAUGAAGCGUUACACGGAUCAAAUCAGUAACUCGGCCACAUAUAGCACUCCGAAGCCACUGGAACCGGUUUUAAAAGCUUCAAUGAAUGAACUUGCGGUACUUGAGACCCUGAUGGAACAUUUCCUAACUGAAGACAUGAGCAGAACAAAUCAAAUUCUUGCCAGAGCUAUUGGACAUUAUACAUAUUCCAUGUCAAGCAGGAUCAGGAACAUACCCUCACAGCUCCAUGAAGGAGUGUUUGACUGGUCACAUGAGCUAAAUUGGCUUCCACCCGUCAAGUUCCCUUCUGAUGGGUAUAGACGAGGAAUGUACUCCCCACAGUCAUCAGAAGCAAAACUGUCUGUCCUGAAAUUUGGAAAGCUGAUACUAAAUAAACAUCUUGCAGGGCAAUUGAAGACUUUGGAAUAUGAAAUGACUGCAAUAGCAGAAAGAAUGACUAAACUCAGAGAGGCUUACUUAGCCUGCUCUUCCCCCAUCAUACCAACAUCAACAAUAAAGGAGUUUCUUGAUGGGCGACGGUACACCCCCAAGAACCUCCAAGAUAUUGAUUGGGAGACCCUGGAUUCCGACGAAUUGAGAUUCGUACAUGUUCAAUGGAACCUGUACAAGCCAUGGGAUGAAAUGACUCUGGCAGAGUUGAACAGAAGAAUAAACGAGAUCGAGGCCCGCGCUCUUCACCGAGUGAACGGAGAAGGUGGUGAAGAUGAAACGGUACAGGACGAAAAUGGUCUUGAAAGUGACUCUAUGACCACAUAG